AUGCAGGAGACAAACGAGGAGAAGGAGGAGAGUGAGGAAGAGGAGAGUGGAGAAGAGGAGGAGAGUGAGGAGGAGGAGGAGGAGGAGGAGGAGGAGGAGGAGGAGGAGGAGGAGGAGGAGGAGGAGGAGGAGGAGGAGGAGGAGGAGGAGGAGGAGGAGGAGGAGGAGGAGAGUGAGGAGGAAGAGGAAGAAACAGCAGAGGAGGAAAAGGAGGGGGAGGAGGAAGAGGAAGAAUUACGCAAUGACAUGUUGAUAGAGGAAGAGGAGGAGUUGGAGAGGCUUGAGGGGAAUGUGGGAGACAUGGGGGAGCCGGGUUUUUGGCCCAUCACCCUUCUCGCUCUCUCCUCUCUCCAUCCCACCACUCUCUCCCACACCUCCCUCCCUCCUUUCUCGCUCCCUGUCUCAUCUCUGUCCCCCUCCUCCCUCCCUCCCACGUCUCUCUCCCCCCCCUCCCGCCCUCCUUCCUCGCUCCCUGUCUCAUCUCUGUCCUCCUCCUCUCUCCCUCCCACCACUCUAGCUCCCUCCUCUCUCCCUCCCACCACUCUAGCUCCCUCCUCUCUCCCUCCCACCACUCUAGCUCCCUCCUCUCUCCCUCCCACCUCUCUCUCCCUCCAUACAAUCUCUAUUUCUCCACUCUCCCUCUCUCCCUCGCACCUCUCUUACCCCCCCACCUCUAUUUCUCUCCCGCCUCUCUCCCUCCCACCUCUCUCCCUCCACCCUCUCCCGACCGUCUUCCUCUCUCCCCUCACCCUUCCACAUCUCUCCCACCCACCUCCCUCCCUACCUUCUUUCUCCCUCCCUUUCUCUCCCUUCCACCUCUUCCCAUCGCCACCUUUCCGCUCCACUCCUCUGCCCCAUUCCCCACCGCGCCUGCCUCCCACCUGCUGCUAUUCCCAGCGGCAACGUGGAAAGCUCGCCUCUCUCGACCCAAUAUUCUUCCGAGAUAAAUCCCCAGUAGACUCUUUCCUUCUUCUCUUGGCUCCCUCCCUCCGUCCCACCUCUCCUGCUCAUUUGCCCCAUUACCCACCAUGCAUCCCACCUCUUUCUACCACCUCCCCAUCGCCACUCUCCUGCUCCUCUGCCCCGUUUUUCACCAUGGCUCCCAUAACAGGGUCUCCCACCUGUUAUGAUUCCCAGCGGCAAGGUGGGAGGCUCGCCUGUCUCCACCCAACGCACUUCCAAGAUAGAUUCCCAGUAGACUCAACACUUUCCUUUCCUUCUUCUCUGUUGGCUCCCUCCAUCCCACCUCUCCCGCCCCUUUGCCCCAUUCCCCACUGGGCAUGCCUCCCUGCCUCUGCGCCGUUCCCCACCAUGCCUCCGACCUCCCACUUCCACCUCUUCUUCCCACCUCCCCCUCCCACCUCUCCCUCACCACCCUCUUGCUCCUCUGCCCCACUCUCCAUAUCAGGGCCUGCCACCUGUCACGAUUCCGGACGUCAAGGUGGAAGACUCGGACGAGCUGCUGCCACUGGGCCACGUGUCAGCUGUAAGUUUGUGCCACAUGUCACCGGUGUAAGUCAGCUGUAA